GAGUAAUACGGGGCAUCCCAGCGAGGUAGCGUCUCUAAACGUACAGUUCGUUGUCGAGUUUCAAGAAAUGUGGUCGUCUGACACUGCGUCCGUCCGCGUUACUCGCAACAACACGGUUGUUAGCAGUUAACGAAAAGAAAGAAAAUAAAAAAACCGCGUAAUGUAAACACGUAACGUCUUUUGUUUACAAUAAUCAUGGACCAGUGUUUAACACGCCCGUUUUUUGGGCGAUAAUAACUUUUAAGCGAGUCGAUUUUUUUUAAAUUAAUUCGUAUGUUUGAAAAAAAAAUUUUUUUUUUUAAUUCAUUGUGUGAUUGUAAUUUGUGGCUAUUGUGGUGUCUAUAGUGUAUGACCUCGAACUGUUUGUGAUCGUACAAGUGUUUAAUUUAAUGAACGGUGCCGGACUGUUUAAAAUUGGAAUCGAUUUUUAUUCAUUAAGGUGAAAUUCUUCCCCCACCAUGGCCACAGAAAACAGCAACUCCACGUUGGAGAUGGGCACCAGUGACCAGGUUCUGGUCGCGAGUAAACGUAAGAAGAAUAUAACAUACGGCAUAGGCUUUGGUGUGAUGGUACUUAUUAUCGCGGUAGUCGUCACUGUGGUCGUGCUGCUAGCUGAUAACGAUGGAGGAGUGGCCGAUCCUAUCAUCACAACUGAAGGACCAACCUCGCCCAUUACCACGACGACCACGACGACUACAACACUAGCACCGCCCACGACAUCUCCACCCGUGCCCACGACCACCGAUGCACCAACAGACCCGCCUCAAGAACCGCUCGAUCUUGAAUCGAUCAUAAACGGACUCUAUUCGGCCAACUCCUUCAACGCUUCUUGGUCGUCUGGCAACGAAAUUCUGUUUAGAAACUUUAACGGUGAUUUGGUUCAAUACAACGUGGAUUCUAGAGAUACAAUAAUUCUAAUUGCCAACACAUCACAGACUUUGCAGCAGUCUUCACGAGUGACGCAGCUCUCUUCUGAUGGAUCACAAAUCAUCCUGGCCUACAGCGUUGCGCCGCUGUUCAGAUACAGUUUCUUGGCUCGCUACGCUGCUUAUGACGUCGCGACCGGCUCUGAACGAGACAUCGUCCCUCCUGGAGUACAAUCCAGCGAGGUCUUCCUCCAGAACUUCGUGUGGGGUCCCAGAGGCACAUCUCUCGCUUUCGUCUAUUUGAACAACAUUUUCUAUCAGUCGAGCUUGACGGCCGCCCCUCAACAGAUUACGACUACAGGCGAGAUUAAUGUCAUCUAUCACGGUGUUCCCGAUUGGGUCUAUGAAGAGGAAGUCUUCAGUUCAAACAACGCGAUGUGGUUCUCGGCGGAUGGUCAGAAGUUAGCCUACGUGACUUUUGACGAUACAAACGUUCGGGUGAUGCCGGUCCCGCAUUACGGCGUCCCAGGCAACAUCAACUACCAAUACACCCAGCACCAUCAAAUAAGAUAUCCUAAGCCCGGCACAACCAAUCCAACUGUUACGGUUACUCUGCGGGAUCUCAAUUCUGGCUCUUCGAAUGCGUACGCUGCCCCCAGCGAUCUUAACGAGCCGAUCUUGAGGACAGUCCAGUUCACAGCUAACAACGUGAUCGCCUUGAUGUGGACUAACCGAGUGCAGACAACCCUAAGGGUUGUGCUAUGCACUCUCGGACAAACGGCUUGUACACAGAUAUACCAAUACACAGAAACUAACGGAUGGAUCGACAAUAUUCCACUGCUCUUUAAUAACGCGGGCGAUUCUUUCGUGACGAUUUUGCCUUAUGCUGUAGAUGGAGUUCGAUACAAGCAGAUUGUGCAAGUUUCACGAGGCACUGGCACAACUUGGCAGAGUACGGGAAGGACCAACACAGCUCACACCGUUUCGGAAAUCCUGCACUGGUCUCCGAAUGAUAUCAUCUGGUACCGAGCCACACGGGUUAACGACCCCGCAGAACAACAUAUAUACACCGUGAACAGCGCCCGUGAGGUUGCGUGCUUCACUUGCGAGAUCCGAAGGCUGGACGGCGGACAGUGCUUGUAUAACGAAGCUACCAUCAGUUCGAGUGGCGAGCGGAUCACGAUCAACUGUGCCGGACCUGACGUUCCGCAAGUUCUCAUCUUCGACAGUAGUGGUAACCUUAUCAAAGAAUGGGACACAAACUCGGAGCUCUUAUCGUUGGUGGCCAACAAAAUUCUUCCGACCACAGUGCGGAUGUCCGUACCAGUUGCCGAAGGGUAUCCCAACGCUGAUGUCCAGAUACAAGUUCCAGCAGAUUACCAGCACAGGACCAAUUUGCCUCUUCUUGUUUAUGUGUACGGCGGGCCCGACACAUCACUGGUAACGAAGCAGUGGUCGAUUGACUGGGGUAGCUACCUUGUCAGUCGCUGGAACGUCGCCGUGGCUCAUAUCGACGGUCGUGGAGCUGGAAACCGAGGCGUUAACAAUUUGUUUGCUCUUAACAGAAAACUUGGUACCGUGGAGAUAGAAGAUCAGAUUUCUGUUACAAAGUAUUUACAAGAAAAACUUUCGUAUGUCGAUGCUAAUCGCACCUGUAUCUGGGGCUGGUCGUACGGCGGCUACGCGGCCUCCCUGGCUCUCGCCCGUGGUGGAGAUGUAUUCCGAUGUGCUGCUGCAGUCGCUCCUGUUGUCGACUGGAAAUUCUAUGAUACAAUAUACACGGAACGUUACAUGGAUCUGCCACAGAACAACGUAGAGGGCUACGCCGCUUCAUCGCUGUUGGUCAAUGAUGUGGUGGAUUCAUACAAAAGUAAAAGCUAUUUCCUGGUUCACGGCACAGCGGACGACAAUGUGCAUUACCAACACGCUAUGCUGAUCUCGCGGCUUUUGCAGAGGCGGGACAUCUACUUCACACAAAUGAGCUACACCGAUGAAGACCACGAUCUAAUUGGCGUGAGGCCGCAUCUUUACCACGGCCUAGAGAAGUUCCUUCGAGAAAACAUGUUCUAAGAAAAAUAAAGCACCUUCUACAUUCCAUUUUAAAAAAUCGAUUUUAAAUUACAGUUGUCAAAAGUCUAGUCCGUAUGAAGAAAAGCAAACAAUAGUAAAAUAUAGUUUAAUAAUAGAAUUUUAACAAAAAUUUGUAAAUAUAAUACUAAUUUUUAGUGACUAACCUUGAAAUACAAAUAAUUUAAAAGUUAUACUUCUUAUUGCCAAAAUUAAAAGUUGUCUAGCUGUGUUGAAUCAAAACCUCAAACGUGGAAUACACUACACAAUUUAAUUGUCUGGCUUCUGGCAUCGUCAAUAUCUAUCUAUGGGCAGCGGUGAUCAUAUACCGUAAAAGGAACGUGCCGAGUGCUAAUAAUUCUGUCAUUGACAGCUAUAAAAAAUCGUAAUUUAUUAAGGGCAGCACAGAAGACAGCUCCUACUCUUGAGUGUAUUCAUGUUAAAAUUUUAAAUAUUAAAAAUAAUAUUUACUCUAGUGUCUACAUACUUUAUUUAUUUUAAAUAUUUUAGAUUAUGCUUCCACAGCAACAAGCGAUUAAUUUAAGAACACACCCGAUUCCUACCUUAAUAAUGCAGUAUCACAUUUAAUAUUGGUAGCUUUACUUAAUAUAUUUUUGACGUGACAACGUCUUAUAAUUCGAUGGAGCCGGCUGCACGCACGAAAAAACAUGACUUAUGCGGCGUUACCUCGCUCUGAGGCGUUCCAUUUAAGGCUUGAAGUGCAAGUGAGAGCGUGCAACGAGCGACAAAGAGGCACAAUCGGCCUCCGCGUUCGGCAGCGUUCGACAUCUGUCUCUCUCCUACUUGAGUGAGCCAUGUAUACGCGUGGACAGCUGCUAUACAAUAAUACAUUUACACAAAUAUCUAUCAAACAAAUAAAAUAAAAUAAAAUCUUUUGAAAAAUGAAACCAUUCUAUCAGUAUUUUCUUAUGACGUUGUCGCGUUCAACUAUCGUCAAUAAACCGACUUUACAGACAAUCGAUUUUCCUAAAAGAAUAGAGCUUGCAAACUCUUAUUACAAUUUUUUUGGCUACCAUUUUUUUAAUUUAUUAAGAUCUGUUCAUACUGUAACAAGCUAUUGUAAUUUCACGGGUGUGGGAAAUCUUGAGAGGGAGCAUCUAGUUGCUAGUGGUAAAGCUUAGAUAAAAUGUAAAUAGUUUUAAAUAUUCCCAGUAUUAUAAUGUUACUGAAUGUUGCCAAACCUUUGAGAAUGACACAGGGUUUCUUCACCUAUAUGUAUAUUUUGAUCCACGGAAGGCACCUAUGUAAAUUGCUUGUAUAAUAUGUAAAAGUUGUUUCUCUGCUUAACUGGUGUUACGUGUUUUUGUAAAUACGAUUUAUUUCCAAUUUAAAAAUAAAAAUAAAGACAAUUUUUCCAA